UCGAUCCAUCUAUAAUGUACUACUACUACUAUUACAUAACUUGGCCAAAAACAACAAAUAGUACUACUACUUUACAAAACCAUGGCCUCCAACACCAAUGCUUGGUUUGUACUUGUGUUGUUGGUUGUCUCAAAUGUCUUUCUAUGGGAUGUUGAGGCAGCGGGCGAGUGCGGCCGGACCCCGAUAAGGUCGGCUGCGGCGAGCCUGAGCCCGUGCCUGGGGGCGGCAGGGAAUGCCAGGGCCAAAGUUCCCCCUGCGUGCUGUGCCAAAGUUGGAGCUUUGAUCAAGACUGCUCCCAAGUGUCUUUGUGCUGUUUUGCUCUCUCCUUUGGCUACGCAAGCUGGGAUUAAGCCUGGGAUUGCUAUCACCAUCCCCAAGCGAUGCAACAUUAGCAACCGAUCAGCUGGAAAGAAGUGUGGGAAGUACACUGUUCCAUGAGAAGUAACAGACUGUGGACCAUAUAUAUAAAUAUGAGGAGGGAAUAUAAAUAUGUCAAAUAAGAUCGAGAUCUUGGUGUUCUAAAUAAAUUGUCAUACUAUGUUUUGUUAUAUGAUAUUAUAUAUAAAUAUAUAUUUAUAUAAAUUCAGAUUGAUGAUCAUUGUAGCCACUACUUAUUCCUACUACUGUAUUUAUGUACUUUUAAUGAAUGAGUUUGGAUGCCCAUUAUUAUACA